AUGGACUUUGCGAUGAGAUCAGCAAAAGAACUACAUCUUCAAAUUGAUAUGAUAACUUACAGUGGGCUUUUGCAUGAGAGUGCAUGGCAAGAUGCUUUCAUUCUUCUUUCGAGAGCCAUGCAAGAGACACUAGCUUCAGAUGAGAUUUCCUUUGGCGCUGCAGCAACAGCUUGUCAGAAAGCUGGGCGGUGGCAGGGGGCCGUACUUUUGCUGCAAGACUUGAGAGAUCAGCACGGCGUGCAGCCAGACGCCUUGAACUUUCAUGCGACGAUUGCCCCAUCAACAACGGAUCCCAGCACCGCGUGGCGUCAUUCUUUGGGCGUUUUGCAAACUGCACAGAGUUCUCAAAUCGAAAGCCACGCAGCGAAACGAAUGCGAAUUUGCAGGUCAAAUGUUCGGCCGAAAUGUACGUGA